UCAACUUCAUGAUCACUUCCACUAUUAAUUCCUACCACAAAUCAACAUUCACACAAAUCCUCUUCGGAAAUUCACAAGUAUACAGCUCUGCAUCACCGCACAGCUGUUUCACAUAAAAUCCGAUUUUUCUACAAUUGUGAAUAUUAUGGGGUCCUGUUUAAAGAGUUCAACGAUGUGCAGAAAACGCAGGAUAAGUAGAAUGGUGCAUGUGAUGUCGAACUCUUAGAACCUUCUUCAUCAUACAAAUAAAGUACAAUUGUCCACUCCGAAUUAAUUGAAACUAACAGCAUAUUUAAAUAUACCUUUAACGAGUACAAUAAUUAACCCGAAAAAACUCGCGUGAACCUCAUAAAUAAUUCAAAUACCCGAGAAAAGAACCAAUUUAUCGCAAAAAGUAGAAAAAAGAGAAACUUGAGAACACAGAGUGUCAAUUAAAAACUUUCCUACUAUCCAAACCAAAAGACAUAAGCGACAUAAAAGUGAAGAUUUAAUACACUUGACAAUGGGUUCGUCGAGGCCGCCAGACCGUUCGCUUGGCAGUGGAAUAUCCUUUCCCCAGUGGAUGAGAGGAAAAGUUGAUAGUCGAUUCGAUUUCGACCAGAGCACCUUCAGUCCACCUUCCCACGACGACAGUUUCUUCUGCAUCAGAUACUCAAAAUCUGCUAGUGCCAAUCAACAACAGGAGGGUUUUCGGCCGUUCAAUGAAGUUCUGAAUGAGUCGAAACCUGUGAAUGAUACUAUCAAUAAGACUAGUAGUCAAUAUGAUCCAUCAUUAGUGUCCAGUGAUGCAACUAAAAUAUCGAACAUCAAGGAGAUAGACUUCAGCAAACAUCCACUGCCCUGUCAGCCGUAUGUUCCAAUUGCAAAUAAAGAGCGUGCAGGAAACGGCCAUCAAUUCGCUCAAAAAUCUCCCCAAACAAAAUCUCAAGGGACAGACGAUGGAUUUCACGGUGAGCCAGCGCUGUGUGGCAAAUCAAUCGUCAACGUGGCGACUCGCAUGAUGCUGGGAUCCCUCAAUAAGAAAUCCGAGAGUCCAGUGGACCCUAAAAUGGAAAAAAAUGAGGUGUUGAUUCGUAAGGGCAGCCAAUCAUUGCCAGUAACACCGAUAGCGUCGCCAACGUCAACGCCAGAGGGAUCGCCGAAAUCCCGUAGACGAGGGCAGGGCAACCGCUACUUCACGGGAUCGUUUAUACCGGAUCGUGAGAAAUACCAGAGUGGAUGGUUAUUGGGCAGUAUACUGAGUCAAUCAAGGGAAACAGUCGGCAAUAAAAUUGAAGAGGAGGAUGAAGUUGCGGAGGUGGUGCCACCGAAGACAUUAAACAGGAAAAAGUCCAUUUCCUCGCAGAAUCUUUCGUAUCUGGGUAAAGAGGAUAUAACUCCCAAGGCUAGUAUAAUGCAAGCCACUGUUACGUUCCAAGCUAAACCCUCGGAGCUGCGAGAAAUGAAUUUUUGGUCUCCAACGUCAAUGUAAUUUUUACCUUUAACUCAAUUUAUUCGCUCAUUCUUUCGUCUUCUGUCUUGAACCGGAGUGUAUCGGUUUUUAAUUUGGAAAAUUUUUAAUUUUCACUAGAUUGUACCUCAAUUUAUUGACAAAUUGCACACGUGCGAUGCUUUCUGACUAAUUCGCAAUAUUUUUUUUUGAUGAUUAUUAUUGUGGAUGUAAUUGUUAAAACCGUUUAUUUUGAUCGAUUUAAUUUAGUAGAUUGUAGGGUAGUGGUCGAUCACACCUGAUUAUUACAGAGGCAAAGAAUUCUCUUGUUUAUUGGAUUAUUUACUGGUCUGAAGAGACGUGAUCAUGGGUACAACAGUUUGAGAGUUAUGAUGGAUGAUUAAUUUGAUCGACUUUGCAGAGGGAAAAUGUUUCAUGUGAUUUUUUUGAGGUAUUGUUCAUAAUUGAAAAUGGAAAUAAAGAAACUAACACAACUA